AUGCCGGAGCGGCAGUUGGUGAAGGUGGUUAAAAAAGGCUUAAGGGAUGGCGUUGCGCGCUUUGUCUACGCGAUGGAAAUAUUUACCGUGGACGAAUUGCGGCAGGAGUGCAUAGAGGUGGAACGCAGUUUCGGUCGCCGAGGACGCACCUCGUACCAGCCACCAUUGCGUCAUCCGGCAGGGGAUAGACCCAGAGUGGCCGAAGCGUGCGUACCGGAGCCUCAGGAAGAUUCCUUCGACGUGGAUGAAAUGCGUGGACGACCUCGAAAUCCAUUCCGGACGGGUUGCUGGAACUGCGGUGCCGCUGAUCACGGAUUCCGUGAUUGCGAGUCCGUGGAUCGCAAGCUGUUUUGCUACAGAUGUGGCCGACCAGACACAGUCUUGCCAAAGUGUCCCGACUGCGCGGAAAACGACAGACUGGGCGAUCCGAAGGCAGGAGGGAAUCGUCCAGAGAGGAAUCCUGCGAAGUAG